CGGACGCUGUGCCGAUUACGGCUCCAAAAACCGCUCGAUACGGAGUCGUUUGUCUCUCUUCCUGUGAGGCGACGCCUGAACGGAUACAUCCACUUUGGAAAUGGAGAAUGUUCAAGAAAAACAUGAAAGUCCUGCAUAUAAUGAAACUGAAAUCCGUCAUUAUGAAACUGACUACAGUAAUGAUGAAACUGAAAUCAGUCAGUAUGAAACUGAAAUCAGUGAAGAGCCAGAGAAUGUUCCAGAAGAACAUGAAAGUCCUGCCUAUGAAGAAACUGAAAUCAGUCAUGAUGAAACUGAAAACAGUCAUGAUGAAACUGAAAUCAGUGAAGAGCCAGAGAAGGUUCCAGAAAAACAGGGAAGUUCUGCCAAUGAUGAAGGUGAAAUCAGUCAAGAGCCAGAGGAGGAUGAACCACCUUUUCGUGAGAUCGAGUUCAUGAUUGUUAAAGAAGGACCUCCGGUGGAUGGUAAACCACAUGCAACGCCUAACCGUGAAAUUCAGAUCAUGUAUCUUAAGGAAUAUCCGGCGGAGGAUGACCCAAAUACAGUACCUUACCGUGAGAUUGAGUUCAUAAGUAUUAAAGAAGGAUCUCCGAACGGCUUCCCAUUCAAAAAACGAAACCGUUUAGUAGGACUGCUAGCUGUCACCGAUUUUUGCUGUGGGUGCACCCUCAGGACGGGCUCCAUCAUCACCGCUGUCUUGUUUCUGGUUUGGAGCCUUGCGCAGAUAGCGGCUGCAUCAUAUGCUUUGUUCAUGCUGGGCAACAGUUAUUCCGUAUAUACGACUUGGGCAGCAAUUGACAAAAUAGUAAUUGCAUACCUCUCAUAUUACGUUAUCGAGGUUAUCUGUGACAUAAUUCUCAUCAUUGGAGCCGUUAAGGACAAGACUGUCUUGUUUUUACCAUGGAUGAUUAUUCAAGUCCUGGUGGAUGUAUUAUUGGCUGUAGUAGGCGUUAUUGCAUGGGCUGCUGAUUUUUGGUAUGAACUUCCUUUUGAUGGCCUUACUAUAUCUUUUUCCGCUGGCAUCUACUUGUUUUCAGAUAUGUACUUCCUGCGAGUUGUCUACAGCUACUACAGAACACUAAAGAAAUCAGAUGCUGUCAGGGUAGUGGAAUAUGGCAGAAAUUUUUGAUGAGGUGAUUAGAGGUGGCAGUUGAAUCACCAUUACUCCAGUAAAACGCAUAGCUCACGAAAUUGCUUUGGAUGUAUCUGAAUGUUGAAGGAAGCAAAAUUAUCAUUAUCAUUAUUAGUUUUGACAAUGAAUGUAGGAUCCAGAUGUAACAUUUAUCACGAAUAGUGUCAACAUUUUUA